CCAUCACCCAUCACCUGUGAUAAUUGCCGUCAUUACGGGACCUCUUCAUUUUCGUUCGUACGCGAUUGCUGAAUACUUGUAUGCUCCUUCCAAGCUCCUUCCGUGGAUUUCUAGGAUGGAAAGUUGCUACUGAGCCGAGACAUGGCCGACCGUCUCGUGCUAGCAUUUCCGCUGCGCCUGCUACGAAUGUCUCUGAUGCCAGGGCGGAAGCAGCUAACAACGGAAAUUGUGUUUCACGGUGAACACAUAUCUGAGUCAUUGUCUUUCUCCUCAAGGGUUUCGUGUAAUCAUAAAUUGAACAUUUUUCCUUCAAAUUUUCUGAUUCUUCCCCAGGAAUCUGCGCUACGAGGCUCCAUGGAUGAACAACCUCAGCUCAUUGGCCCGCUUCAACUUUGCUUCAACUUGAAAAAGAACGGAGCAUAUAUCAGGGUAGAUCAAUCCGUCGAAACCGAACUCACGUCGUUGGCCACCGAAUUGCUCGGGACCAAAGUCGGGGAUGAGCGGAAUCGACUAAGGGAUCGACUUAGAAAGAAAUUGCUAUCGAUCUGCGACGGCUGGACGGUGAUGGAAGGCAAGACGUACCUGCGUGAUUAUCCGAAACCAAAAAAGGUCGAGCCCAUUCAGACUCUGCAGCCUGAGAAUGCUGGCAACGGGGAAGGCAAUGCAAACAUCAAUAACUUUAUCGAUAUCGUAUUUUCGCCUCCGUGGCGAGGGACAGUACCCAGUGUCGGUUGCGACCAAUGGAGAAAUCAAUUGUUAGAUUUGCUCCAAAGUAUGAAUGUCCGCGAUCGAGAAAUCGCUUGUCAGCGGGUUCCGAGUCUUGUGCGGGUCGAACUAGUCAAACCUAGGAUUCGAGCAGAAUACUUGGAUCUUCUUGAUGGCACCAAUAUUGAGAAACACGACAUCAGCAAUUGGUAUGCUAUUCCAAUUGAGCUUCAGAAUCCCUGUAAAUUAUGCACCGACAACCAGUUUCUUUGCACCUGGAGCCGCGGACCCGACGAUUCCAAGAGGUGCAGAGAAUGUAUACUGGCCAAUCGUAACAGGUGCCUUUCUAAAGCCACGCAGACUGGUCAUACGUCCAAUUCUCAUCCGAAGAAACGAUCGAUGACCUCUGACGACUCUGAUUACAAAGGCCGUAUCGACGACACGCGCGCAUUCCUUCCUUUACCUACCACGCGUAGGGCAGAUAAAGAACUCUCGGAUGGUCUCGACGCAGCAGUUUGUGGACAGAAGAGGCCUAGUUCCCCUUCAUCCAACAGUGUUCAGUCCUUGAAGCGGCUCCGUACUGAAGAGGGUAACGUUACCUCCUCAGAAAUUGCGACUACAACAAAAACACUUUUUACGGAUGAUGACUUCCAAGAUGGGGUCCGAAGGAUUCUGCAUUUGGAGAACGCGAUAAAGGAGAUGCGAAAGGAAAACGAGGAGUUGUGGAGGGCAAAUGACUCUUGGAAGGAAGAGACAGAAGAUUUGAAGGCUGCUACUGAAACUACCUUGAAGAAACUGAAGUGUCUUCAAGCAGAUAUUACACACGUAGAUUCACUUGUAAGCGCAAUGCGAUAAGCACUGGAUAGGUGGAGUAUCUAGGGAUAACGAAGCAGGCUCACAUGUUGUACAUUAGGCUGACUGUAUUUUAUUGUUGCUAUCUUUACUAAUU